GUGCGAGGGCGUGGUGUGCGGCGGCGGCGCGCAGUGCAUCCCCACGUCGCAAGGCCCCACCUGCAAGUGCGUGGAGGGCUUCGCGGGCAACCCGUUCCCGGGCGGCCUGUGCGUGCCCGACGUGUGCUCGCCGUCCAGCCCCUGCGCAGAGCCCAGCGUCUGCGUGGGCGGCCGCUGCAAGGAGCGCUGCGAGGGCGUCGUGUGCGGCGUGGGCGCCUCCUGCGACCGACAGACCAACAAGUGCGUUUGCGACCCCUUCUUCGUCGGCAACCCGGACCUCGUCUGCAUGCCACCUGUCUCCGCCCCGGCCUGCUCCCCCGCCUGCGGCACGCACGCGCACUGCGAGUACGGCGUGACGAACCGGUGCGUGUGCGACAUCGGCACGGCGGGCAACCCGUACGAGCGGUGCGCGCCGGUGGGCACGGCCACGUGCGCCACCACGGCGUGCGGCGCGGGCGCGCGGUGCGUGGAGGGCGCGCGCGGCGUGGAGUGCGCGUGCCCGCCGGGCUUCGCCGGCAACCCCUACGUGCGCUGCGACGACGUGGACGAGUGCGCGUCGGGCGC